UCUCGCACAACUCGUGAUCUUGCUGGCCAAGUACAGAAGCAUAACCCAAAAAUCGUGUUCUUGUGUGAAACACAACAGUGCAAAGUUGAAUUAUUUGAGAUGGAAACUAGGCUUGAAGAAUUAUGUGGGUGUCGACAGUGAUGGUCUAAGUGGUGGCUUGGCUCUAUUUUGGCAUGAAUCUGUACAGGUUUGGUUAAGAAAAUGUACAGAGAGAUAUAUUGAUGUAGAAGUCCAGGAGCAUGCCGACGGACCAAAAUGGCAACUGACAUGUGUAUAUGGUGAACCACGGGUACAGGACAGGAAACAUAUGUGGGAACUGCUCCAACGGUUGAAGAAAUUAUCCAAUUUACGCUGGUUGGUUAUAGGUGAUUUCAAUGAAGCAAUGUGGGGCUAUGAACAUCUUUCUGUCUCCCCAAGAUCAGAGAAACAAAUGCAACAUUUUCGUGAAGCUCUGAGCACCUGCAAUCUUUCUGAUCAGAGCAACAAAUGCAACCUUUUGGUUGCUGAUGGUUUGUCCACACUGCUCAGUAAACAGUUCGCCAAUGGAGAUUCCCAGCAGGCCAAUAUCAUUAGAGAAGUGUUAUCUGACUAUGCUCGAAGUACAGGCCAAUUGAUCAACCCAGAUAAGUGCUCCAUAAUGUUUGGUACUGGUUGUCCCCAAGAUGCCCGAGCGGAGGUUCGUGGCGUGCUACAGUUGCAACAGGAAGCUUUUGAGACCAAAUAUCUUGGACUUCCUACGCCGGAGGGAACAAUGAAGCGUGAUCAGUUCCAACCAUUGAGUGCUCGUUUUGGGAAGUGAAUGGCUGACUGGAGCGACAAGAAUGUAUCACAAGCUGCAAAAGAAGUUCAAAUAAAAUGGGUGGCCCAAGCACUACCAUUAUAUAGUUGGAGUUUUUAAAUUGCCUCCUACGCAAAUAUGAGGCUUAUCAGGAAAUAUUGGUGGGGUGCGUCAAAUGGAAGAAGCAAGGUGCAGUGGUGUUGAUGGGAGGACAUGAUAAUGCCAAAAUGGGCAGGGGGAAUGGGAUUCCGUGACCUGAAUUUAUUCAAUCAGGCACUUUUGGCAAGACAGGCAUGGAGGUUGAUCUACUACCCAGACAGCCUAUGUGCUAGACUUCUAAAGGCUAAAUAUUACCCACAAGGGAAACUGACUGAUACAGCCUUCCCAGGUAGGGAUGGCAAUGGGGCGGGUUGGAGCCGGGUGAAGCUUCCGCGGACCCACCCCUGAAACCCAAAUAGUAAACCCGCCCUGAACCCGAAACCCUAUUCGGGUGGAAAUCCUGCCCCAACCUUGAAACCCGCGGGUGCCUGAAACCCGGCAGGUCCCUCGACACCCGAGCCGUUGGCCCGUGGGGGCCGCGCUGCUGUGUUGCGGGGGCCGCCCCGCCCGCUGGGCUCCCUGCCCCCGGCGCUGCCCCCUCGGCGCUGCUGGCUGCCGCCCGUGGCUGUGGGGUCUGCGCCGCCGCCGUCGUGGGCAAGGGGGUUAAGCUGCCGAGAGGCGCGGGCGGCGGGACGCUCU